UUUAGAAAACUAUAACAAAACUCAAAAUUUAAGGCACCUUUUGUUCAGACUUCUAUUUAGCAGAAAGUAGUUACGAAUUUUGUUUUCCCGCCACAAUGUCACCUUUCCGAGAAAGAUCAAUUUCCCUUGCAAACUUUCCGGAGGUCAGAAACCGCCCCCGCGGCUCUUGCGGCUCCGUACACCUCGCCACCACCGCGUGCAUAAUCGCCAACAUCAUCUAUAUGCUCGUGCUCUUCUUCUACUCCAAGCAACUACAUUCUCCCCUCCGCCAGCGCGCCUUCUCGUUGGAUUCCAGCGUGUACCACUCUCCUGAGGAAGCUUUCUGCUUAGACUACGAGCAGAUGGAGGAGGAAUUCAAGGUGUUCGUGUAUCCGGAUGGAGAUCCUGAAACGUAUUUUCACACGCCAAGGAAACUCACCGGCAAAUACGCCAGCGAAGGAUACUUCUUCAAGAACAUCAGGGAGAGCCGAUUUGUCACCGACGAUCCGCGCCGAGCUCACCUCUUCUUCCUCCCUAUUUCUUGCCACAAAAUGCGAGGCAGAGUAUGUCCUUUUUUUUCGAUUCGACACUAGUUGAAUCAAUUAUCCGAAGCCUAUUU